GAAUGCUACACCAGUGCGGGGGACUUCAACCCACUCUUUGGAUGUGGUUAAUACACCCAAGACACCCGGGGAGGCCGACCAUGUGGACAAAAAAGCCCGUCCCACCCAGCGCAGUGAUACCAUGCCAGCAGCCCGCAAAACGGGGAUGCCCAUCAAAAUGGAAGUUGCUAGUGCUAGUGCUGUUGAGAAGAGCGCACCAGUUUCAAAGCCUUCAGCACCGGCCAAAGCACCCUGCCCGAUGCCCUCACAGCCACCUGCUGCAAAGCCCGCACCAGCACAGCCCAUACCAGCGCAGCCCGUACCAGCGCAGCCCGUACCAGCGCAGCCCGUACCAGCGCAGCCCGUACCAGCGCAGCCCGUACCAGCACCUUCAGCACUUCCAAAGGGAGCUGCCCCAGUCAAACGUGAACUGCACACACAAAAUGAUGCACCCAUCAAGAAAGCUACACCUCCCAAAGUAGCUGCGCCUGUUCAGAACAAAGCCCCCGCACUGCCACCUGCCCCGACAAUGGCAAACCAUGUGAAGACAGAGCCUGUUACCCGUGUGGCCCCUUCGGAUGAUGCACGCACGGUCGCAACCACAUCAAGCUCAGCCACACCUUCAACUUCCACGCCCAUAGUUCCGACACCUCACACAACUUUCUUCCACUUGCCGAACCAAAACAACCAACAAGCCAAGGAUCAAGAGACCACGUGUGCACCGACCAGCAAUGGGAGCACAAGCCAUGCAGCCCCAGGCAAUGGAGCAGCCACUGUUCCAAAGGCAUCCGCCCAGUCCAAAGCCCCCAAAGCACCUCCCCCACCACCAGCAGCAACGCCACCCAAAGCACUUGCAAAAACACAACCGCCAGCAAAGUUACCGCCAGCAAAGGCACCACCCCCGAAGGCCACCCCAGUGUCUUCAACUGCAGCUGCAUCAGCUUCUGACUUCCAAGUUCAGCCUGGAACAGCAGCCCUGCAGCCCGGUGACUACAAAGAACGCCAAGCCCAAUACAUGGUGUUCAAGCGGCAGGUCAGCAGUGACAUUCCCCCACCCUCUGUCCCAGUGGAAUUUGUAGAGGCAUGGAGUGAAGCAGUCAGAACCCGAAGCCGAGCUGCCAAAAAUGCUUUGUUUUCCAAGUGGUGUGAAGCCGGUGGCUGGUGCACAAAGGACCAGUUGCUCGCGCUCUACAAUGGCAACAGGCCUCUGGUGGAGCAGCUGAUCACGAGCAAGACCAAUUCCGGUGAGUACAGGGAACAUCCAGACAUGCCAAAUGAUCCGGGGAUGACUUUGUACUACGUGAUGCUUGAACUCUCUUAUACCCACAAGGACCAGUCGGAGGACAGGAUUGAAAUGCGAACGGAGGGCUAA